AUGGAGAAUGGAUCAGUGACAUCAUUCAUAUUGAUGGCAUACACUCAACUGGAAGACCAUAGAUAUGUAUACUUCACAGGAUUCCUGCUUCUGUUCAUCAUUAUGGUAUUAGCAAAUGUAGUUCUUAUUGUAGUCAUUUACAAUGAGAGAAGUCUACAUGAACCCAUGUAUUUUUUUAUGUGUAAUUUAGCAGUGAAUGGAAUUUAUGGCAGCAUAUCUUUAUUACCAUCAGUACUUGGUUAUUUAAUGUCUCAGUCUUAUGAAAUGUCUCUAACUGCUUGUCUUUUACAGAUCUUUUGUAUACACACAUAUGUAUCAGUUGAAUUUAAUAUUUUAGCAGUGAUGGGCUAUGACCGGUUUGUUGCCAUUUGUCAGCCAUUACACUAUCACCAAAUAAUGUCGCACAGAAAAGUGUGUGCCCUUAUUGCAUUUUCCUGGAUUUAUCCUUGUGUUCUUUUUGGACUCUAUUUCAUAUUAACUGUACAGCGUACAUUUUGCGACAAGAUCAUGGAAAAGCUACAUUGUAAGAAUUUUGAAUUAGUCAACCUGUCUUGUUUUGAAAUCUCUGUUCACAGCAUAGUUGGUCUUAUUGUAACUGUUUUUUUAAUUACCCUGCAGUUCCUCUUGAUACUGUUUUCAUAUGCACAAAUACUCAAAGUCUGCCUGUUUGCUUCUAGAGAUUCUCAGAUGAAAGCUAUUCAAACAUGCACUCCACACUUACUGGCUGUCAUUAACUAUGCAGUGGGAUGCUUUUUUGAAGUUGUCCAGAGUCGUCUCAACAUUGAUCAUGUACCUUAUAAAGCUCGCAUAUUCAUGUCCCUUUACUUUCUGGUAUUUCCCCCAUUGUUUAAUCCUGUUAUAUAUGGAAUUAGCAUUCAAGCCAUCAGGGUUCAGAUUUUCAAACUCUUCAUUACUUCUCCUCACUCCAUCCCCACUGUCAUCUACAGGGAGCUGCUGUUGCUCACUGUGUCCUUCUGCUCUCAGGGGACAGGACGACUUCACCACAUCGAGGGGAGGAUGGACAGGGCCAUGUACUGUGAAAUCUGGGGCGACAAUCUCCUUCCCUCAGUCAGGACACUGAAAAUGGGUUGUGGAUGGGUCUUCCAGCACAACAGUGGCCCAAAACAUACGGCCAAGGCAACAAAGGAGUGGCUCAAGAAGAAGCACAUUAAGGGAGACCAUAUGAAGCACUCAGGGGUCAGAGUCUCCAGGCUGUCCAAAGGGAGGUCAUUAUUCCCUCUCUCUGAGACCCAUCACCCUCAGCUCCUCACUCCAUCCUCCAUCAUCUACAGGGAGCUGCUGUUGUUCACUGUGUCCUUCUGCUCUCAGGUGUGA